AUGAUGGUUGGUAUUCUCGUUCUAUUAAUAGGUUUCUAUCAAUUGUUAUAUGCAUUUCGUAAAUCGAAUGCACUCUUUGUGUCAUCUUCAGUAUUUUCAUCGGGUUUAUCUCGACAUGCACGUUCACCCGUGGCUAUAGCAUUAGCUGAAAACAAGACAGAUCCUGAGCUCAAUGAUUCUCUACUACCCACUUCAUGUAUUUUUGGAAUUCGUUUUUCCGAUGGAGCCAUUGGUAAUCGAAUGUUCCUGUUUGCUAGUGCCUAUGGCUUGGCUCGUCUUCAUGCAUGUCACCUUUAUGUACAUCCAUGGAUUAUUUUCGACUUACGAUCUACGUUCACAGUCAAUCUAAAUCAAACUCCAGUGAAACUAGUGAAAAAUCCGGCAGCAUUUGAAAAUCGAACUGAUCUUUUUCGACGAUAUAGUGCAUGCACAUUGUUUGAAGAUUUAUUCAAAAUACCGCUACCGGAGAAUUAUACCAAAUAUGAACUGCUAGCGGUAUGGAAAUAUUCGAUCAAUUUUCGAAGCAAUAAUAGUCAAGUUACACAUGAUAUACUCAAAACAUUUCUUCUACAUCCGCCGAAUGAUUUGCCACGUGUCACAUGGAUAGGGGUACAUAUUCGUCGUGGUGACUUUUUGAGUUUCUUUAAAAUCGAUACAAGUCCUUCAUAUCUCAUUUGGGCCAUGAACCAUUAUCGUCAAAAAUACACGAAUUGUCGUUUUUUGAUUGCUUCUGAUGAUAAGACUUUCGUUAAACAACACCUUGGCCACUUCAAUGAUGUUGUUAUUACACCACCAAAUUUCUUUCAUGGUCAUGAUUUGGCGGCAUUAGCUCUGUGUGAACAUUCAAUUCUCACAGGAGGAACGUAUAGUUGGUGGGCAGCCUGGUUUGCUGGUGGCAAUGUUAUACAUGAUCUCAACUAUCCGGUUCCAUUUCAGAAAUGUGUCAAAGAACAUUAUUUUCCUCCAUGGUUUAUGUUUCCUCAUAAUAGUUCAAGCAAACGAAAUGAAUAA